GUAAAGGGGUCAACGGCAUUACAACACUCAGCAGCCAUACAUUCAGAGCUCCGUGCUGUAUGUACAAAUAUCCAGUGUUUGAUGGUAUGUGAGAAACAGGGGGCGUUUGUUUCUGACACUGUGAGAGCCCGACGGUGUAUCACACCGCUCUCACACACUCUGCUGCUGCUCUCUCCGCCGGGCUGAGAGACUGAAGCAGGCUGACAGAGAAACGGCAGAGGAGGCGAGAGGAAACGGAGCGACGGAGAGAUGGCGAGCAUCAACAUGGGGCCGAGACCGCUGCCGCUGCUGCUUCCGGGGCUCGCGUGGGUCCUUCUGGCCGUCUUAACGGCUAACGUCCGCGGUCUGAACGGCGACGAGGACCAGAGCCAGGACACCGAGUGCAAGAUGAAGAGCGUCACCGUGUCGGCGCUGCCGUUUUUGAGGGAAAACGACCUGAGCAUCAUGCACAGUCCGUCGGCCUCGGAGCCCAAGCUGCUGUUCUCCGUGAGAAACGAUUUUCCCGGGGAUGUCGUGGUGGUGGACGACCUGGAAAACACCGAGCUCCCCUUCUUCGUCUUAGAGAUCUCUGGGAACUCAGAGGACAUUCCUCUGGUGCGCUGGAGGCAGCAGUGGCUGGAGAAUGGCACUCUGCUGUUUCACAUCCACCAUCAGGACGGCAGCCUGAACCUGCCAGAGCCCACCGAAGACCCUGCCAACGAUUCUGCGAAGGAGGAGCUACGCAUCCUCCACAUCUCUGUCAUGGGCGGGAUGAUCGCCCUUCUGCUGUCCAUCCUCUGCCUGGUCCUGAUCCUCUACACCCGCAGGCGCUGGUGUAAACGCCGCCGCAUCCCUCAGCCCCAGAAGAGCGCCAGCGCCGAGGCGGCUAAUGAGAUCCACUACAUCCCCUCAGUGCUGAUGGGAGGCCAGGCCCGGGAGAGCCUGAGGAACUCCCGGGGUCAGGGGCCGAACUCCAGUGGCACCCUCAGCAUCCGGGAGACCCCGAUUCUGGAUGGGUAUGAGUACGACAUUACUGACCUACGUCACCAUCUGCAGAGGGAAUGUAUGAACGGCGGCGAGGAGUUUGCCAGCCAAGUCACCCGUACCCUGGACUCCCUCCAGGGCUGUAAUGACAAGAAUAAUAUGGACCUCGCACCUGUGAGUGACAACACCAAGCUGGCCCUGAUGAACAAAUACAAGGACAACAUCAUCGCCACAAGUCCCAUCGACAGCAACCACCAGCAGAACACGCUGCUUCCACACAACACGUCCACCAGCCAACGCAAACGCCUCUCCAGCAACACCCGCGCUCUGCAGCCUGCGAGAAGUCACGCGGGUUCAACUUUCUUGAACCCAGACGGGGACUCUGGGACGGAGGCAGACAGCGAGCCUCAGCUGGCCUUUUACACCGACCCAAACCGCAGUCGCCGCCGGAGUCGAGGUAUGAGAAACGGUAACGCCAACAGCGCGUGGGGCUCUGGGGCAGCAGGUUCCCCACGGAGCCCCAUCAAUAAGACCACCCUGACUCUGAUCAGUGUCAUCAGCUGUGUGAUCGGCCUGGUUUACUCCUCUCACCUCUCCUGCAGCCUCUCGGUCCGGGUAAUCCUACAUGUGCCGGAGCACCUCAUCGCUGACGGAUCGAGGUUCAUUCUGCUGCAGGGGAGCCAGUUGGAUGCUUCGGACUGGCUGAACCCCGCCCAGAUCUUGUUGUACUACCAGCAGAACGCCAGUGGGCCCUGGGUCAAUGAGCUGUGCGGACGACGCCUCCUGGACCCCUGUGAGCACCAGUGUGACCAAGAAACAGGAGAAUGCCUUUGCCUAGACGGCUACAUGAAGGACCCAGUCCACAAGCACCUCUGCAUCCGCAGUGAGUGGGGGCCCAAUCAGGGUCCUUGGCCUUACACCAUCUUCCAACGCGGUUUUGAUCUUGUGAUGGGAGAACAACCCUCUGAUCGCAUUUUCAGGUUCACGUACACCUUAGGAGAGGGGAUGUGGUUGCCGUUGAGUAAAAGCUUUGUCAUCCCCCCAGCUGAGCUCGCCAUCAACCCCUCAGCCAAGUGCAAGACGGACAUGACGGUCAUGGAGGAUGCGGUGGACGUACGGGAGGAGCUGAUGAUCAGCUCAUCCUUCGACUCUUUGGAGGUUCUCCUGGACUCUUUCGGACCCGUCAGAGACUGCACCAAAGACAACGGAGGCUGCAGCCGCAACUUCCGCUGCAUAUCUGACCGAAAGCUGGACUCCACCGGAUGUGUGUGCCCUCCAGGGUUGAGUCCUAUGAAGGAUGGGACCGGGUGCUACGACCACCACAUUGGCAUCGACUGCUCUGACGGUUUCAAUGGAGGAUGUGAGCAGCUGUGUCUCCAGCAGCUGGCCCCUCUAGAGGAUGACCCAACGCUCUACAACAUCCAGAUGUUUUGUGGGUGCAUCGAGGACUAUAAGCGUGGUCCAGAUGGGAGGUCGUGCCUGCCGCUGUCUGAGGCCUGCACCGAGGGAAUUGACUGUGGGGAAGCAGCGGAUAUCCCCGCUAACCAGACUGUGUUCGGAGACCUUUUCUAUGGAUACAACAACCACACCAAGGAGAGCACCUCCGGACAGAUCCUCAAGGCCACAUUCAGGCAGAAGAACUUUGCCCGAGGUAUCGAGCAGCAGCUCCCAGAUGGCAUGGUGGUGGCAUCGGUGCCAACAGAGGUUCAGUGCCAUGAGGAGCUGUCGAACCCUGUGCCCGACCCAGAAUACCUCACAGGUAUGGUGAACUACAGCGAGGUGUCUGGCUACCCCCUUGUUCAGCACUGGAGUCUCCGCUCUGUGUUGUACCACGUCAAACUCAAUCAGUGGGUCCUCUCUCAAGCCUUCAGCUCGGCCAUCCAUUCUCUGGACGGGGCGACGCAGCGGAGUGACUUUGUGUCCAUCCUCAGGGAGUUCGGGAACCACUACGUGCAGGAGGCAGUGUACGGUUUCCAGGAGUCAUGUACCAUCUGGUACCCCAACAAGCAGGUCCAGAGACAGCUGUGGCUGGAGUACCAGGAUAUUAGCAAAGGAAACUCUCCUUCAGAGGAGUCAGAAGAGCGUGACAAGGAGCCCAGGACGCUUACCUAUCCCGCAUAUAUUGCCAGUCUGCUGGACACGGGUGCGAAACGUAUGGCGGCCGGUGUGCGUAUGGACUGUACCAGCCAAGGCCAAUGCCCACGCUCCUGCCACCUCUGCCACAUGAGUCCGAGGGCGGCACAAGGACGGCAGCAGUCUGAGCCUGUCCUGCUGCAGAUUACCAAGGCUGCACCCAUCUAUGAAUUAGUGUCCAACAAUGAGACAUACCAGGCUCUUCAGGAGGCCAUGAUGAGCAUGCUGUGGUGUUCAGGGAAGGGCGAUGUUAUCGAUGACUGGUGUCGGUGUGAUUCCAGUGCUUUUGGCACAGACGGGCUGCCCACCUGUGCCCCACUUCCCCAACCAAUGCUGAAGCUGUCUUACACCUACGAGCCCAGCAGCUCAUUGGUCAUCAUGGAGUGGAACCACACUGAGCCACCAAUCGGUGUCCGGAUUGUUGAUUACCUCAUCAGCCAGGAGAAGGUGACAGAGAGGACUGACCACUCCAAAGUUGAGACAGAAACCCUUCUGAGCUUUGUGGAUGACAUCUUGUCGGGGGCCAGGUCUCCGUGUGUGAUGUUAGGGGACAUCCCCAACCUCCUGUCCUCUUCUGUCAGUAUGAUCAUUCGCUGCCUGGAGCCUGACACCAUAUAUAUGUUCCGGCUUUGGGCAGUAGACAACACAGGGCGCCGUUCCAGUCCAAGUGAGGUCACCAUCAAAACUCCAUGUCCAACUGUGGAUGACGUCAAAGCACAAGAAAUAGCCGAUAAGAUCUAUAACCUGUUCAAUGGCUACACCAGCGGGAAGGAGCAGCAGACGGCCUACAACACGCUGAUGGACCUGGGCGCUCCCACGCUGCACCGCGUGCUCUACCACUACAACCAGCGCUACGAGAGCUUCGGAGAAUUCACCUGGAGGUGUGAGGAUGAGCUCGGACCCAGGAAGGCCAGCCUCAUCCUCUCCCAGCUAGAUGAACUCUCUCCGUGGUGCAAGGGCCUUCUCCAGGAGCCGAAGAUCGGCCUUCGCAGGAUGUCCCUCAAAUUCCUGUCCUGCCGUUACACUGACACCAAGGCUUUUGGGCUGAACUGGUCGGACAUGGGCCAGGACGUCCACAAGGCCUGCGACGAGCAGACGCUCACUGUCAUGUAUAAUGACUAUGGUGAGCCCAAGGAGCUCUAAAGGUAUUCUGAGGUUUCAGCUUGGAUGUGCACAGGAAUAUGGGAGAUUCGUCAAACCCAACACAGUAAAUAAAAGCAAAUAAAAUGCAGGUUUGUUCCAUUUGUUUCCAUAAUAUAUAUGCAAAUAUAUUUUAUUUAUGGUGUCAAAUGCUAAAUAUUCAUUGAAAUUCAAUUUAUUCGAUUAUGCUUUACCACAUUCAAAAAUCUAAUCAUAGCUUGCAGGUAGGAGAGAGUCUGCUGAUCAUGAAGUCCAUUCCUCCCCUGCAAUGAAAUUCAACACAAACUUGACACAUUCUGCAGAUGCUUCACAAUAAAAGCCUUCCUUGCUUAAUGCCUCAUCAACUCUAAUUGGGUCCUUCAUUGUUGUACAAGACAAAAUAAUGAUACAUAUUUUCCUUAUGCAUCAAAAUAGUUUGGACUGAAGCCGGAAGUCUGAGAAAAAGAAAUGAAGCUUUAACUGUGAAGCAGCUGCAUGAGAUGGGAUUGUUUACUUAGCGACCGAGGCUAACUGGUUAUUUCAUUCAUUUUAAAUUUAAGUUUUAUAUUCAGUUGUGCCAUUAAAUGCAAAUAUCUUAGUGGGAAUAAACAUAAGAACAUGCAUUUUAUUUCACUUUAUUUCUUUGUUGGAUUAAACAAUCUCCGUCUCAAAUCUUUGAUACUGAAAGAGCAUGCUUUUCUUCUUCUUUUCCUUUUUUUUACCCUUUAUUUUUAAUUGUGUAGUUUAGACCUGAAAGUCGUUUCAUUUGACUUCUUCAUAUUCAGUGAGAUAUUCCGAUCUGGGACAUGAAGGGUUACACAUCGGCUCCUUUGUGCCUGUUUAAAUCCAAACUCAGUCAUAUCUUCAGAAAUAAUAAAAACUUGUAAAAGGCAACUCUUGAUGUCAAAGAAGUGGUCGAAAAAAAUCUGUAGUGAUAGUGACUUUGUCGCCAUCCCACAUCCACCCGACAGCCUGGACACAGUGGGUGGCUUCUUCUCCUGGUCUGAAAUCAGUGCUUUGUUUCUUUGAGAUGUUACACGGAGAGAAACUGACCCAGGAAAGACGGGACGCUGAAAAGAUUCUUCACCUAGAACUCACCGUAGCUUUAGUUUCACCGGUACAUUCCAGCCACCGUUAAAGGUGUUGGUGGUUCACGGCUUCUGCUGCUCGUUGUUUGCAUUUAUUAUGAAACUGCAACACACUCAGCAGCUGUUUUGUUUUGUGUGUGUGUGUGUGUGCUGCUUAACUGUGUGAGGACAAGCAGUUCUCAACUAUCACUAUCUCUCUCUUUUUUACAUAUUGAAUGAAUUCGGCCUCAUGGACUCACGCUGUGUCUCCAAUCACUUACUUCAGUCGUAACUGCGUAACCAAGAUGGCGACCGUUGAGGGUGAGAAGAGAGAGGUGUCCAUCAGUUUGCCCGUUUUGAGUGCACCACCAUCGUGCACUCAAAACAGCGAGUGUGAGCUCAGAAGUGCGUGAACUGAGACACAGCUUCAUACUUGGUUUUUUUUGUCACUUAGACGUGUUGAAGCGUUAAUGCCGUGACAGACACGUGACGACUCGUCAUGUAGCGACGACGGAAACAAAGCCGGUAUUUCACAGUUCCUCCGUGUGUCUGUGAGAGAUAAUAGAUAAUAGAGAACAGAGGAAGGUCUUCUGGGAGUUAUUUUAGCAGGACAAACAUUCAAAAUGAACCUUGUACAUAACAUUAUCAUAACGUUUUAGCGAUAUAACCUGCUGAAUGUAGUAUUGAUAGUUUAGCAUUUGUAAAGGAAGCUGUUUAAAGGAGUUUUUACUAAACGACAGGCAUCACAGUCCGGUUCAUUAUCUCUACAUGUUCAGUGGCACCUGCCGAAAGUAUUUUCUUUUAUCAUUUUUUUUUUUUUUUACAGUUUUCACACCAGAACUAAUCCAACCAAUCAGCUCUGUUAAAAGUGAUAAUUCUGUAUUAAACCUGCGAAUUAACAGUGUCUUAAUGUUUUCCAGCUGCUUCUCUCUGUUUAAACUUCAUCCAAUAAAGUUAAGUCUUUAGAAAGAUCUUUCUGAUCAUUUCCACUGAUGCCGUGUUUAUUGUGACUAUAUUUUUUAUUCUCUUCGGCCUCAUCUGUCAUGUUAUUAUUCUAUGUUACUUUAUUACUGUGCGGUGGACAUAUUGGAGAUUGAUGUCAAAGAAAUGCAAAUGCAUAGUAGUUGUUGAUUUUUUUAACAAAUCUCACAUGUGAAUACUAAAACGAAAGCUUGUAGAUUUUGUAUAAGCAGCAGAGUAUUUCAUAAAAGCAUCACAUUCUAGCACAGCACUGCGUUUUAAUUCUGUAUAUAAAUGUACAACAGGUGAUAUUUUACAGCAUUUCUGUGUGCUUUAGUAGACGCAAUAUUGUACUGUAAUAUCUGCUGUGUAGCUCGGUCUUUGUAAUCAGAUCAAUCCACUGAUUCCAGUUUGAAAGUAACAAGCAGAAGGUGUCGCUUUGUUUAAACUGGACUCAACGUUUGUCAUCAGCUGCGACUGACUGGUUGAUUAAAAGACUUCGAGAUCAUUUCAUCUAACAGAAUGGCACAAUAACAAACAAUUACUGAGUGGAGAUGUAUAGGAGAACGAGAUGGAGAUCUACUAUCUGCAUGAUAUAAUUCUGUCUAUACUGUAUGUGGCAUCAUAAACUUUUUCACUUUGGUCUUUGCUACUUCAAAGAACAAUAAAGAAUAUAUUAUGAAAAGUG